AUGAAGGGGAAAAACUUUCCUCCAGAGGUGUGGUCGGAAAUAGUAAAGGAGUUCUUCGAGGAAACAGGCUGCGACUACGAUUACGAGCAACUCUAUGGAAAAUUCAAGCGGAUGAAACUUCAAUACGGCCAUCUAUGUGACCUUGUUGUACGUCAAACAGGACUUGGUUGGGACGCGACGACAGGGGUGGUACUCGCUAGCAAGGCUCAAAAAGCUGCUUGGUUAUCGGCGCAUCCCGGGGACGGCCACUUACUGAUGCGGCCGUUCGCGCACUUUGAUUACUGUCAUGAAAUGUUCAAGGGCUACUAUGCCAACGGGGACGCCGGCCAAUCGAACCGUGCCCCUCCACGCGGCAUGGAUUCGGCGCAGAGAAGGACGCAACGAACGGACCCCAGGAGUGCCGGUCCAUCUAACGUUAGAGUAGAAGACCUACGCGAUGAGUUUGAUGGUCCGCACGGGACAUCGACGAUGAACGAGGACUAUACCAGUAGCCCGUCAAUGCAGAAUCGGUCUGGGGACCCUCGUCGUCGGCGUGGGGAAGUCUCAGUGAAUGAAGAGUUCACACGGCGAAUUGAAGGACAAAUUCAGAGGGGGUAA